UGUAAAAUCACUCUGAAUCCGCAAUCCAGCGAACCUUUAAACACGGUUUCGUAACAUUGCUUUAUUGCUUUGCAUCUUUCCAAUAAAUACAUGGCGCCAAAGAAGGCGAAAGAGAAGCCCGGCUCGCUGCGCAGGGGCCCUCCACGCGCAUACGUUCGCGGCCUUCUCGGCGCGCCUGUUUAUGACAGCGACGAAGAUGAAGACUACCGUCCGAAUGUGCCUUCUCCACAGCGGCGCACUGGGCGAGCUGCGGCAGCAAGGUCAACUCCACGCAAGCGUCGGCGUUCUGAAAGCGAGCCGGAGGCCUCAGAUGAGAGCAGUGCGAGCAGCGGCAGUGACAGUGAUGACGAUGAAAAGGAGGAUGCAGGCAUGGAUGAGCCGCUAGCACGCAGGAGGCAGCGGGCACGGAGCGGCACUGUGGCAGCUGCGGCGGCGCAGCAGGCGUUGGCGCCAGUCAAGCGCCAGAGGCGUGCCGCGGCCAGCAGCAAAGGUGGCGAGAGCGACGCCGAUGACACGGCUGCUGGCGCUGCCGGUGCUGCUGGUCGAGGACGGGGCCGCGCGGCGGCAGCUGCGGCAGCGGCAGGGGGCGGCAGUGGGCACGGGGGCCGCAAACGCGGCGGCGCAGCUGCAGGUGGCAGCGGCCGCGGCGGCGGCAGCGGCGGAUCGGGACGAGGAGGAGCAGCAGGAGGAAGUGGAGGCUCAGCGGCUGCAUGCGGCGCGGUGCCGCGGGCGGCGGUGGGUGCGGCGGGAGCGGCGGCCUGGGUGCGGCCGGUGGGGCCGCCGCGGGACUGGGGCGGCCUGACGGCGCCGCUGCUGCGGGAGGUGCUGCUGUGGGCGUGCCGACAAGGAGCGCUGCCCACCGCCGGAGCUGUCGCCUGCGUCAACCGGCACUGGCGGGUGGUUUGUAGAGACCUGGAGGCAGACGCUCUGGCCGCCGCGCCCGCCUCUACCGCCGCCGCCAGCGCACUUGCGGCCCGCGCCGCCGCCGCCGCUGCAGCCGCACUGGGCGCAGCAGCCGUCGGCGGCCCACGGCAGGCUGUGACAUCAGCCACUGCCGAUGACAGCGUCGGCGGUGUCGGCGGGGCCAACGGUGCGCUGCCGGACGGCGCCGGCGGCGCUGCGGUUGGCGAGGGCGGGGCGGAUGAGAGCCCUGCUGGAGGCGGCGGCGGCGAAGAGGGUGGCGGAGAGGGGGGCAUGGUGGGGCUGUGGGGCUGCAUGAAUCUGCGGUCGCGGCCCGGCGUCAAGUUUAGCGAUGCGGUGAUGCGGCGAGGCCUGGCCAGCGGCAGGUGGAGGCAGGUUCGCUCGCUGUGUCUAGGCGGCGUGGAGCCGGCCGGCUUGUCGCCCGAGGGGCUGUUGGAGCUGCUGGGCGCCGGCUGCCCCGGGCUGACAUCGCUGGAGCUUAGCCAGUGCGACGGACUGGUCAAGUCUGACCUGCUGCGGCCCGCGCUGGCCUCCGGCCUGCCCCAGCUACAGCACCUGGACCUCAGCUACUGCGUGCUGUCCGGCCUGGACCGGAUACUGCAGGCCGCACUGGCGCCACGGCAGCUACUGCCGGCAGCAGCCACUGCCACAGCUGCUACAGCUACUGCCGGUGGUGCUGGGGGCGCUGGAGGUGGCGGGGGUGCUGCUGCUGGCCCAGUAGCAGGGGCGGAGGACGUGAUCGUGGUGGAGGACGAGGAGGCGGAGGCGGCAGGCGCUGCAGCGCCAGCAGCGGCUGCGUCAGGAGGAGCAGCCGCCGGCGGCGGGCGGUCGGGUUCAGCGGCGGCGGCGGCUGCGGGUGCGGCGGGAGCCUACGCACUGCCCUGCCCGCUGCGCGUGCUGCGGGCUCGAGAGUGUCCUCGUCUGGGCGUUGGCACGGUGCGUGGUGGGGCCGUGAUGGGCCGCUAGUCGUCACGGGGCGACUGGUGUGUAUGGCGCAUUACACGGUAGCCG